AUCAUAAAUAUCCUUCGAUCAUAUUCUGUACUUCUGAGUUCCUGUUAAAGCUCGCACAUAUAAUUAACGAAGCUCGAACGAAGAAUCUUAUGGCUCCUAACACCCAAAACACACCAUUGCUAGAUCAUGACAUUGAGAUUGCCGUUUCAGAGUCCAAAGCCUCUUCCCCAACCACUAUCCGAUCGUCCACCACCGGCGGCUGGCGGUCCGCCUCCUUUAUUAUAGGGGUGGGAUUUGCAGAGAGGUUUGCGUUCUAUGGAGUUAGCUCGAACUUGAUAUCGUUCUUGAGCGGACCAUUGGGAGAGUCGACGGCGUCAGCGGCGGUGCACGUGAACACGUGGUCAGGAACGGCGUUUUUACUUCCUAUGCUGGGAGCCAUCGUCGCCGAUUCAUAUCUCGGACGCUACCGUACCAUCCUGCUUUCUGCUACGCUCUACAUCUUGGGACUAGGCUUGUUGGCAUUUUCGGCAUUGCUUCCUUCUCUCAGCGAUUCUCCAUGCGAAAAGACCAGUGAAUUCACUUCAUGUUACUCUCAACUCCAAGUGAUAUUCUUCUACAUCUCUCUAUAUUUGGUAGCAGUAGGGCAAGGUGGGAACAAACCAUGCGUACAGGCUUUCGGAGCUGAUCAGUUCAAUGGACAAGAUCCAGUGGAAAGCAAAGCCAAAAGUUCAUUCUUCAAUUGGUGGUACUUUGGCAUCUGCUCGGGCGCAUUAUGUACGCGAUUGAUAUCGAGCUACGUUCAAGACAACUUCAGUUGGGUUCUGGGAUUUGGACUUCCUUGCAUUGUGAUGUUUCUUGGUCUAAUUGUUUUCUUGUUCGGAACAAGAACAACUUAUCGGCAUAGCAUCAGAGGCAAUGAACAUAGCCCAUUUGCUAGAAUUGGUAAGGUGUUUGUUGCAGCCUUUAAGAACUGGCGAGCUAGUCCAACAUCGGUAACUCGUGGACACACGCAUCAUCAAAGUUCUGAACAAUUCAAAUUUCUCAACAAGGCAUUGCCAUCACCAGAGAGUGAUAACUUGAAGGAAGAUAGGAAGCAGUGUACUGUUUUUGAGGUAGAAGAAGCAAAGGUUGUUCUCGGUCUUUUUCCGAUAUGGAGUACGUGCUUGGUGUUUGCAAUCGUUCUUGCACAAAUGCCAACUUUCUUUACCAAGCAAGGGGGUACCCUAGACAGAAAAAUUGCCGGAGGCUUCGACAUUCCAGCAGCUUCGCUUCAGUCCUUUACCAGCCUCAUCAUCAUAUUCCUCAUUCCAUUGUAUGACCGCAUUUUUGUUCCUAUUGCAAGUGCUUUCACCGGAAAACCCUCUGGCAUUACAAUGCUUCAAAGAAUCGGAACUGGGAUACUUCUUUCUGCUAUCUCCAUGAUAGUUGCAGCUUUAGUUGAGACGAAGAGACUUGAAACUGCUCGAGAGUAUGCUCUGGUUGAUAUGCCACAUGUUACGAUUCCGAUGGCCGUGUGGUGGUUGAUACCUCAGUACGUGUUGAUUGGAGUGUCUGAUGUAUUCACAAUGGUUGGUCUGCAAGAGUUUUUCUACGAUCAGGUACCAAAUGAGCUAAGAAGUGUAGGAGUUGCCCUAUGCCUCAGUAUCUUUGGUGCGGGAGACUUCUUGAGCAGCUUUCUUAUUUCCAUCAUAGACGGAACAACCGGCGGAGGAGGCCGAGUUAGCUGGUUUUCCGAUAACCUGAAUCGUGCACACCUUGAUUACUUCUACUUUCUACUCACUGGAUUCAGUAUAGUGGAACUGGGUGUCUUCACAUAUUUUGCAAAAUCGUACAUAUAUAAAAGAUGAGGUACAAUGUAGAUUGUUUCUUGCAUGUGUUGUGUACCACUGCAUGUACCUAUUAUUGCAAUUUUGCAACUAGACUCGUACCCAUGCGUGUUAUUUAUAUAUCGUAUAGAGGAAAAAACAGAAUUUA